AUGGAUCGACCUCUCUCAAUCUCUCUCGAUGUUUCUGAUGCAAUCUGUGAUUUGGCGGAAUUGUCUGGUGAUCUCAGUGAUCUGAUUGAGCUAAGGAAGCUCAGUAUCACCCACUGUCAUAAGCUAUCUGCCUUGCCUGAAGAGAUAGGAAAGUUGAUUAAAUUGGUAGUGUUGAGGCUAAAGUCUUGUACGGACUUGGUAACAUUUCCAUCCUCAAUUAAGAACCUCGAAAUGUUGCAGUUUCUGGACAUAUCUGAUUGCUUCAGCAUCAAGGAGUUGCCUGACGACAUUGGUGAAAUCAGCACUUUAGAAAAGAUCAAUAUGAGACAUUGCUCUAGACUGAAAGAUCUACCUCCAUCAGUUUCUGAUCUCGAGCAACUAUGA